AUGGGAGGUUUUAAUUUACAUAUGGUUGAUGAAUUUGAUGAAGAAGCUGAUGCUGAAAGAGAAGAGAAAUCUAAGCUCGAUCCAGCCAUCAUUUGUGAAAGCGAAUUUAUUAAGGCUUUUCAAUCUGAUCCUUCUGUAUUUGAGAGAACAAAAGAAUCAAGAAAAUCACGUAACCGUGAGCACCUUAAAAAAAUCACACAGAUGACAGAUGAACAAAUAGAAGGAUGGUAUAUAAUGUUUCAACGAAAUCCAAGAAAAGAUAAAUUACUUGCGAAAUAUGAGUGGAGUGGAGAGCAAGAGCAAUUAAACUCAUCAUCAAAAAAUUUCAGAGAAAAUCAAAAAAGUGGAAAUAAAGGAAAAUACGGGAAUCACAAUCGAAGAAACGCACAUUCUAAAAAAAUGGCAAAAGGAUUUGGAUCAUUAGCAUUUUAA